AUGUCCAGCUCCAAUGAGGCAGAACUCAUUCACAUGUUUAAGGGGAUUCCUUUCACCAUCAGGUCUUCUCCAGAACUUUUAAAAUCCUUGGAUACUUUUGAUGCUAGAGAUGAUGAUGUCCUUUUGGUUUCCUAUCCCAAAUCUGGCACUCACUGGCUUGCAGGAGUUAUAACCAAGCUUUACAAUACUCAAGUUACACUAACAUCUCCCAUCGAAUUUGGAGACAUAUCCAAACUGGAGGAGCUGAAUAAACUCUCAUCACAGAGAAUCAUCCCAACACACUUAGACUACAACAUGUUACCUCCAAAUUUUAAGAAUAAAAAAUGCAAGAUGAUCUACAUCAGCCGAAAUCCAAAAGAUACAGCAGUUUCCAUGUUUCAUUACUACAGAGACAACCCAAAUCUUCCCACUGUAGACACCUGGACUGCUUUCUUUGACUUGUUCUUAAAAGGAGAUGUUGUCUGUGGAUCCUGGUUUGAUCAUUUCCUAAGUUGGGAAGAGCAUGCAAAUGACAAAAACAUCCUGUUUUUGUUCUAUGAAGACAUGAAGAAGGAUCUCUUUAAGAUUGUAAAGGAAAUGAGUCUGUUCCUGGGUUUAAACACCACUGACAAUGAUAUCCAAGACAUCUGCCAGAAGUCUUCUUUCUCAGAGAUGAAAAGUGACACAGAAAAGGAAAACAGUGAUCCCAACCACACUGUUUGUGCACUGACAUCCAACAGGAAGCUCAUUUUCCGAAAAGGUGCUGUUGGUGACUGGAAGAACCAUUUCACUCCAAAACAGAAUCGAAGGUUUGAGGAGAUAUUUAAUGAGAAGAUGAAACUCAGCGAAAUGGCAAAAAGCUUUACCUAUGAAUUUUGA